AUGACCACUGCAAAGGUCUUAACAGCUGCAGUCUCAUGUGCAACUGCACUCAUGUUAGUCCACAUAAUCCCCGAUCUACUCAGUGUCAAAACCCGAGAAUUAUUUCUAAAAAAUAAAGCUGCACAGCUGGAUCGUGAAAUGGGUAUCAUUCGAACACAAGAAGAAACAGGCAGACAUGUUAGAAUGCUAACUCAUGAAAUCAGAAGCACUCUUAACAGACACACAAUAUUAAAAACUACACUUGUGGAAUUAGGAAGAACAUUGGGGUUAGAAGAAUGUGCUCUUUGGAUGCCAACACGCAGUGGUUUAGAGCUUCAACUUUCUUAUACCCUUCGCCAUCAAAACCCUGUAGGGUUUACAGUUCCAAUUCAAUCUCCUGCAAUCAAUCAAGUUUUUAGUACUAAUCGUGCUGUUAAAAUAUCUCCAACUAGUCCUGUUGCUAGAUUACGCCCUGCUUCUGGUAAAUAUAUGCUUGGGGAGGUUGUUGCUGUGCGGGUCCCACUUCUACAUCUUAACAAUUUCCAAAUCUAUGAUUGGCCUGAACUUUCAACAAAACGUUAUGCUUUAAUGGUUUUGAUGCUUCCUUCUGAUAGUGCUAGACAAUGGCAUGUUCAUGAACUUGAACUUGUUGAAGUGGUUGCUGAUCAGGUUGCUGUUGCUCUUUCACAUGCUGCAAUCUUGGAAGAGUCAAUGAGGGCUAGAGACUUGCUUAUGGAGCAAAAUGUAGCACUUGAUCUUGCAAGAAGAGAAGCUGAAACAGCUGUUCGUGCACGUAAUGACUUUCUUGCAGUUAUGAAUCAUGAAAUGAGAACUCCAAUGCAUGCAAUUAUUGCACUUUCUUCAUUACUUCAAGAAACCGAUUUGACACCUGAACAACGCCUCAUGGUUGAAACCAUUUUAAAAAGCAGUAAUUUACUCGCCACACUCAUAAAUGAUGUAUUAGAUCUUUCAAGACUGGAAGAUGGUAGUCUUGAACUUGAUACCACAACUUUCAACCUUCAUGCUCUCUUCAAGGAGGUUUUAAAUCUGAUCAGGCCUGUUGCAUCAGUCAAAAGGUUGUUUGUGACACUGAGCCUUUCAUCAGAUUUGCCAGAGUAUGCUGUUGGUGAUGAAAAGAGACUGAUGCAAAUAAUUCUAAAUAUAAUUGGAAAUGCUGUGAAAUUCUCAAAAGAAGGCAGCAUCUCAAUUUCCGCCAUCAUGGCAAAACCAGAUUCUUUAAGGGAUCCACGAGCUCCCGACUUUUUUCCCCUUCUUAGUGACAAUAAUUUCUUUUUACGUGUUCAGGUGAAAGACACAGGAAUGGGAAUCAGCCAACAAGACAUGCCAAAGCUCUUCACCAAAUUUGCAGAAAGCCAAUCACCCGCAACUAGAAAUCCAGGUGGCAGCGGUCUCGGUCUUGCCAUUUGUAAAAGAUUUGUGAAUCUUAUGGAAGGUAAUAUAUGGAUAGAAAGUGAAGGCCUUGGCAAGGGCUCCACUGCAAUAUUUUUUGUCAAACUCGGGUUCCCCAGUCGCAUAAACGGGUCCCGCCUCCCUCACAUGCGAGUGCCCGCAAAACUCGGGCAGACAAAAUUUCCCGGACUAAAAGUUGUAGUUGUGGAUGAUAACGGGGUUAGCAGAACAGCAACAAAGGGGCUACUGGUGCACCUUGGUUGUGAUGUAACCACGGUUAGUUCAGGUGAAGAGUGCUUACAAGCCGUAACCAAAGACAACUAUAAGGUUGUUUUCAUAGAUGUGUCUUUGUCUUCUGAUACUUACAAUGUUGCAAGACUUGUACAUGAGAAAUUACCAAAACGCCAUGAAAAGCCUCCCCCGCUUAUAGUGGGGCUCACUGGAAACACAGAUAAGGCGAUGAAGGAAAGUUUGUUGAGAGCUGGAAUGGAUGGAGUUGUGCUUAAACCUGUUUCAGUUGAGAAGAUGAGACUUGCAUUGUCUGAGCUUUUGGAGCAUAAUACAUGAAAAGCAUAAAACCAUGAAUGGAGAUGGAGGAGGUUUGUAGUACUUGUACAUAUUGCUACUUUUUUGGUACAUUAUAUUAUAUUAUGUGUGUGUGUGUGUGUGUGUGUGUGUUAAUGCUGUGAUAUGAUAUGAUUAGAAGAAGAUGGUAUGUUACUGUUGUUUCAAGUGAGAGGUUUAACAUAUGCUAAAAUGCUACACAAGAUUUGUUGCAUAGAAUUUGCUAUAAGAAACACUCGAC